AUGUCUGUUCAGCCUCACCUGCGCAAGCUCCGCAAGCUCAAGCGUGCGAACCCUUCAGCCGAGGAGGACGGCGUUGCCAAGGCUAUCUUCGACCUGGAGGCAAGCCACAAGACGCUCCGCACUCAGUUGCCGCGUUUCCACAUCAACACUGUGCGCACCGUGACGAGCCCGCGCUUCAAGAAGACGGCGAUGGUGGUGUUCUACCCACUGCGCUUCCUCAUGCUUGUGCGCAAGAUCCAGAGGACCCUGACGGCGGAGCUCGAGAAGCGCUUCCCCGGCAGCGUAGUGGUGCUUGUGGCUCAGCGCAAGAUCACCAAGCGCCCCACCGACGUGUACAAACUGCAGAAGGUGCAGCGUUCCCGCACAAGCGCGGCGGUGUUUGAGAACAUCCUGAACGAUCUGAUUUACCCAUGCGACGUUGUUGGCCGCCGCUGGCGUUGCCGCACUGACGGCAGCAAGGUGAUGAAGGUCUUCUUGGACUCUCGCGACCGCAAGCGUGUGGAGUCACGCCUUCCCAUCAUUGCUCACGUGUACAAGCAGCUCACACACCGCGCCGUGAACUUUGGAUUCAUGUGGAACCCGAAGCUCCAACAGGUGUCCUCUCGGUAG